UCAGUGAGCUUUGUCUUUCUGGCGAGCUCGAGCUGACACUUGCAUCAGGUCAACGAUGAAAGGCUACGUCGUCUCCGCGGCUCUCCUGGUGCUUGGCAUGGCCGUUGCCAGCCAGGCCAUCGGCUGUGCCAAUCCUGCGCCAUUCAAGGGCAAGUGGGUGAUCGGCGUCGAUGGCAAGGAGUGCGUAGCACUGGUCAAAGAGAAGUGCACGGGCCUUCGCCAAUACACUACCCACAGCUGGCGCCGAGGCAAACACGUACGCAGCAACUGUGGCAGCAUUCCACGCUGGUCCGCCAUCGCCACAUUUCUGGACGGCAGCAAAUACAGGGGACAUGCGGCAAUCUUCGAGUCUUGUGCAUCGGACGGAAUUUGGGUUUACGACCAAUGGAACACUGCUCCCGUCGACCGCCGUAAGAUCCGCUACGGAAACUCGAAACCAAACUACAACGGCGACAACUUCUACAUGAUCGAGCUGUGAUUGCGUUUUCAUGAGAUCUCUUGCAAG